ACAUGAAUGCCCGAACUUGAAGUCCAAGCUACCUAUUUUUUUUUUUGUGCAAGUCCUGUUCUCUUUUCCUUUAUAUAUUUAUCUCUUUAUCACCCCAUUUCUUUCUCUUUCUAUUUCUUACAGAUACUGGAGCUUAACUGGAGUUAGAUUGUGCAGAAGGGAAUGAAGAGAGAGUGUUGAAGGAAUCUUAUUCUUUGCCUAACAUCAAGAAUAUUAAAUUCUUUUUAUUUUGACGAAGUGGAGGAAACAAGAGGAAAAAUAGCUUCUUCUGAUGGGCAUAGUAAGGAGUCAAGAGAAAUCAUGACAUGGUGCAAUGAGUCUGAAGAUGAAGAAAGAUCAGCUGUUCAGAUUACUACUACACCUGAAGAAAACAGUGCCAGUUUUAUUGCCGUACAAUCCGAUGGAGCUCAUACCAUAACUUGCCCUGCUUGUGGGUAUACAAUUCAAUAUCAAGAUCAGGCGGGAAUUCAUGAUUUGCCGGGGCUACCAGCAGGGGUGAAAUUUGAUCCAACUGAUAAUGAGAUUUUGGAACAUUUAGAGGCCAAAGUUUCGUCUGAUACCUGCAAAAUUCAUCCUCUUAUUGACGAAUUUAUUCCAACGAUAGGGGGAGAGAAUGGAAUUUGUUAUACACAUCCAGAGAGGCUACCGGGGUUAAGCAAAGAUGGCCAAAUCCGUCACUUCUUUCAUCGACCAUCAAAGGCAUACACAACUGGAACUAGAAAACGAAGGAAGAUACACACCGAUGAAGAUGGGAACUGCGAGACAAGAUGGCACAAAACAGGCAAAACUAGGGCAGUUUUUGCUGGUGGAACAGUAAAAGGAUUUAAAAAGAUUUUAGUCCUCUACACCAACUAUGGGAGGCAAAGAAAGCCUGAAAAGACAAACUGGGUGAUGCACCAAUACCAUCUGGGGAACAAUGAAGAAGAGAAAGAUGGAGAGUUAGUGGUUUCAAAAGUUUUCUACCAAACUCAACCUAGACAAUGUGGUUCAAGCAUUAAAGAUUCAUCAGUUGACACAAAAGUAAAAGAGCGAAGUGGGCAUAUUUCUUUACCAAGGAGUUCAAAUCUCAUUGAAUAUUACCACUCACCAGCUUAUAUUUCAUAUGAGCAUCAAGGAAGCUGCCACAACAGAGAAAGCCCACCUCAGCUAAUUCCCAACUUGGUGGUUCAAGGUGAUGGGUCUUCAUUUGUUCGAUUAGCCGCAGACACAAGCAAAGGAAACCCCGAAAGGAAAUAGAGAGAAAGUAGUAGGUAGCAGUGACAAGAACUUGUUUGGUUGUUGUUGCUAUGCUGUUGUGUCACAGUGAGAAUGAGAUGUAGGAUCAGUGUAAUUAGAUUGAUAAUUGAACUAGGCAAAUGGGAAUAAAGUCAUCAAUGGCUACUUGUGUUAAUUUUAUUUAACUAUAUGAUAAAACCCGAGCUCGCUUUGGAAGAUUUGGUCCUCAAACUUUUCAGGCAGAUUUUAGCAGAAAUUGAAGUUAGCGAACCAGUGCAGUGCUAUGUAUGAGACUAUGGUAGAGGUGUACAAAUAUUACUAAUCUCUUGUUUUUAUAUAAUUGAUAAUUAGGAAGAGUUACAGAGAUUAUAUUUCA